CACCACCAAUGGGCCCGUAGCACAGCCACCCACGGUCACACCCACAGCUGACCGCCCCAAGUGUGACCAUAACCGAAGCACUAACGGGCACACUAUCAGCCGAUCCGUACAAACGCGGUAGGGACAUGCCGUACGGAUCAGCUGCUUUUCGGAAAUAAAAAGGGCUCCGCCAGAGCGCUCAUGAUCAGUUCGGCUCCGGCCAGUGGACAGCCCCGCCUUAUUCUUGAAUCACGAGACUCUCUAUCAGCUACCACACCCAGAGAUCAAACAAAUUUCUGUGGAAUCCGGCGCGACGAGCAUACCCCGGCCGAAGCGCCGUCACAGUGGCGCCCGAGCAGGUUGUGGUAGCGUAAGAAGCAUAAUCUCAAAGGUCAAGAUGGCAAAACAAUGGAUAAAUCAAGCAACGAAACUGGAGUUACAGAACUAUUGCGAGGAAUUCGGAUUGGAGAAACUGGACGGACUAGAGACCCAAAAGAAAAAACUACUACAAUUUUCGGAGAGAGCAGACCUCCCAAUACAUAUUCGAGGGAGGCUAGAACAACUAGCAAGUAACCAAUCACGAGGCAAAAGCCCGAGAACCAAGAGCCCAAGGCAACAAUCGCCAAAAGGAUUACCACAAAAACCAACAAUGGAAGAGAUCCAAGGGGAGACCAGGACAGGCAGGAAGAAAUCGCUCUUUCCAAAACAGAUAAAGAAAGGAUUACCACAAGCAGAAGCGAUAAUAGAAAAAAUACGCAAGUGGGACCUGAUCUUUACAGGAAAAGGAGGGCUGCUAGAAUUCCUGAGCAGGAUGGAGGAAUUAGCAGAAACCUACGGGGUAGAACCGGACCACCUCGUAGUCGCAAUGCCGAUAAUCCUGGAAGAAAGCGCGCUAGACUGGUGGCACACAAAGCCAGCGCCAGUCACAUUCAUAUCCCCCAGAUGCCAAGAGGAGCUAUCAAAACAAGUGGCAGAGCGAAAACAAGCGGAAACAGAAACAGUCCGAGACUAUGUCCAAGAGAUAAGGAAGUUAAUGAGGUUCGGAACCUACACAGAGCAGAAAAAACUUGAAAUAAUAUACCAGAACUGCCGGCUGCCGCUGAAACUAUACGUGAAGAGAAGAGAAUUCCAAACGCUGUCGGAAUUCAUUAUCAUCGCAGAGGAAUUCGAAAAAAUAGAGACAGAUGCAGGACACUCCAAGGUUACAGGUCGCCAAUGGAAUUACCCACAAAACGACCAACCAGCAUGGCAAAGGACGCAGUACCGACAAAGGAAAUGUCAAAUAUGUGGAAACUAUGGGCACGAGGCCCGAACAUGCAGCAGGGAACCCGUACUGUACUGCUGGACCUGCAACAAACAAGGAGUACGUACAAUAGACUGCUGCAGAAAUCAACCGGAAAACACAGGGCGCAGGACCAACCUGCGAAACUGCUGUGGCCCAAAACCAGCUGAGCGGGACAAUACACAAUUAAUAUUUGACAAGAAGCAACUUUUAGGACGGGCCAGGAUUGGAUCACAACUGAUGGAAGUAAUCAUCGAUACAGGGGCAACAAGAUGCAUGAUAAACGAAAGGGUGGCCGAAAAACUAAAAGGAGAAGGUAUCGAAGGAGUGGAAAACAGAUUAAUCCAGCUCGCAGAUGGAAGCACUCGGAGAACAACACGAAGAAUCCAAAUAACAGUAGAACUAGGGGGAAAAGAAACCACCCAAUCAUUCCUAAUAAUGACAGGGGUACCAGACACCCCCAUACUAGGAAUUGAAUUCUUAAAGGAUGCAGGCACAUCAAUAACGUGCGGAGAAGCCACAAUAAACUUCAACGGGGAACCAAACCCAAAGAGAAAAGAGGAAAGCUCAAGAAAUUCGGUAACAGAGCCAACGGACAAGGACGUGCUGGAUCUCAACCCCGAGCGGCCAAUGCCGGAACCGGAACCCCGGAAACCCAUCCAGAGAGGCACCAUCCCGGGCGAAUGGAAUGUCCCGAAAAACUUCGAACUAGCGACCACGUCGAUCAAACUAGUCAAAGCGAAACUCCACGACCGCCCAAAACACACUCAACGACGGUUCAAACUAUGGAACGAGGAACAGGAGGCGUGUUGGGUCAAGAUCGGCCGAGCUGGAGAUGUCCGCAUCAGCGCCUGGUUCCAAACAAAAUCAACUGACAACGCCCCACUGGGAAAGGAGGGGGGAGUGUGACGCCCAGCACCACGAAGACCAAGCGCCAACGCCACAAACACCACAACAAAACAUUAGAA